CGAACUAAUUACAAUGAAAAAUUAUAAAUAUACAUAAAUCGGGCCAUCGUUGUGAAAAACAUUUUAAAUUAAGACCGGAAAGUUCAUCUUGACAAACGCGGACUUUUUAAAAAAAAAUCUCGUAAAUACCAACAUUUGUUAAAAUGUAUAAAGUUUUGAGUUUUUUAAUUUUAUAUCAAACCUUUUUAGUAAAAGGAGAAAAUAAAUUAAUGGCAACUAUGGUGGAAAAUUUCAUGGAUUGUAUGAGCCAAGCUCCAGAAAACUUUUCAUUAGAUGUUUGCCAAGAAAUGGUUCGCGAAGGAAAUGACAACACCCAAGCAAAAUACGAUUCUUGCAAAUGUCUGGGAGCAUGCACGUCGAAGAAGUUGGGAAUAAUGGAUGAAAAUGGGGCCGGUGUGAGGUCGAAAUUUGAAGAGUACAUUACACAACUAGACAAUGAAACUUGGCAAAAAGAAGCAAAACACAUAUUAGAUAAAUGUUCAAAUACUCCGGGAAAAAACUGCGAAUUAUCAUAUAACUUUAUGGUCUGUACAAUGCAAAAUUCUCAAAUGGUCAGAGAUUUUGUGAAGGCGAUGACCGGAGGGAAUAAAGAAGAUGAAAAAUGAUGGAAAAUAUUAUUUAAAAUAUUAAAAUAUCGGAAAAAUUAAGAUUACAUGUAAAAAAUAAUUAUUAUGUUACCGAAUAAAUUCGUUUACCUUCGCAAAAA